CUUCCUUCCACACUGCCCUCUCUGCCUGUCCCCCGCUGACCAUGGCCGCUCCCCUCCAAAGUGCGACCGGGCCCGGCCAAAGUGCAGCGUCUGUGCCAAGCGCCAGGUCCAUUGCUUCUACAGCGCCGAUAUCAAGAAGCAGUCCCUCGAGGUCCACAAGCGCCAGGCCGAGCUCCUCCACAUAAUGCGCACCGCACCCGAGGGCGAGGCUCUCGACAUCCUCUUUCGCCUGCGGGCUUUAGGUAAUGCCCAGUCCGUUCUCAAGUCCCUCCGCGGCAGUAUAAGCUGCCAGUAUCAGCCUUCUACCAUCCAGGCCACCCGUGCCGUCUCCCCCACGGACCCUUUCGAUGCUCGAGUUCAAGGUGUCGACAUGCCAGACAAUGCCAUACCCAGGAAGUAUCCAUAUACAACAGGACGGAUCGCAACCUAUGACAUCAGCUCGAAGCAGUCUCGGCACUCGGCGAUGCACAAUACUCGAGGCUCGUCACGGCACAAUUCGGGCCCUCAAGGGAAGUGGCUGUUCACAGUGAUGGAGGACGCGUGAUCAGAUCAACAAUUCCGGGCUCACUUGCAGAGUUUCCGUACCCAUCGUAACCAUUUUGCUGGAACUAUUGGCUCAUUACUGAAGCGCGGUCUUGGUUUUUGGCAGAAUACAUGUCUUGCGUUUGUAC